AUGGAGACACACCAACUUCUCCAGGCAUUCCCUCCUGGUCUGUCAGCUCCCAAGUUUGAGUCCUGGAAUGAAGGAUAUUUGGCUGAGUCUGGCAUGGCUUUUCCUGCCCUCCUUCUCACACUGUUUCAGAGGUGGGUAGAAGCUAUAUCUGAUCCCCUGGCUUCCAUAACAGGAGGCAGCAACGGAAACCAGGCACGGGGAUCUGUUCUUUUGCCAAGAUUAUAUAAAAUGAAAACUUCUACCCAGAGGAACAUGUGGUGCUUCCAGCAGCACUAUGGGAUUCUGGGAAGUCAGAACUCUGCUGAACAUGGUUCGCUCUGGAGAGACCAGCUCAGGGUUCCACGCAGAAGAGGAUCCGCGCCGCGGGCAGAGCCGGUCCAGGGUCACGCCGCUCCUCGGCUGCCGCGCCUGGGCCGGCUGGAGGCUGAGACCCGGACACCAGCGCAGCUGCUGUCCCCGCGGAGGAACGGCGCGCACGGCCAGCCGGCCCAGCAUGGAGUGGGAGCUGAAUCUACUGCUUUACCUGGCGCUCUUCUUCUUCCUGCUCUUCCUCCUGUUCCUCCUGCUCUUCGUGGUCAUCAAGCAGCUGAAGAACUCGGUGGCCAACACGGCCGGGACGCUGCAGCCCGGCCGCCUCUCUCUGCACCGGGAGCCGUGGGGCUUCAACAACGAGCAAGCCCUCUGACUGGCGCGGGCAGGCGGGGUCUUCGCGCCCCUCCGGAGCACCCGGCUCAGCAGGCUGUGCGCCGCGCCAGGCUCCAGGUGUGCCCGCUGCCCCAGCUCUCCGGACCAGCUCCAGUGCUGGGGACUGUGCAGGGUUCUGGCCCCGGGUCCAGCUCUUCCAGAGAGAGCCUCAUUCCGGCAAGGAGACACAGGGAAAAGAGAUCCAUGUCACCUGGACCUGGGCUGGUUGAUGUCCUUUACUGGUGGGCCCAGGACUGCAGCUUCAGUCACAGCCUAGGAACCUGGCAAAGCUGGACAGUAGGAGGUGGAAACUGUUUGCAAAAGAAUUCCCUCAUUUUCCUGACAGUUAGAUUUUGGUGGGAUCUAAGUCUGCCAUUCCUUUCAUACUCUAUGCCCAGAAAGGCUACCUCUCUUCCUUCUGUGACGGCACCCCCAACGCCUCUCAAGCAGCUUCCACACACAGCCUACAUACUGGUGGAGUAGAGAGAGAAGAAACACUUCCCACAUCCAGAGCUCUCCAAAAGAACUUUCUGUGAUGUGGAAAUGUUCUAUAUCUCUGGUACCCAAUAUGGAAACUACUAGUCAUGUGUUUAGUAAACACUGAAAUGUGGCUGGUAGAGCUUAAAUUUUAUUUAAUUAAAUUGAGACAGCCACACAGAGCUAUUGGCUUUUGUAUGCACGGUCCACAUCCUUGUCUUCUUUGUGUUUUGGAAUUAGAGGGGGUAGAGGCAGCUGACUAUGUGCUCAGGGUCUCCAUCUCCACUGCCCUACCUUGCACUGAGUUUGUCCCUUGGAGGAAAAAGAAAAUUAGUAUGUGGUAACUAAAUAGAAGAUGUCAAUAUCUACCUAUUGCACUUCUUUCUGUACCAAGCAGGUUAGGUCUUGUGCUCAAUUUUAGUGAUAAUUGAUCAUGGAAAAAAAUGGCAGUGUGGCUCUGUCUCACGCCCCCCCCCCCGGCCCUAGUUCAAGCUCCUGGUUAAUGACUUGGCAGGGGUCAUUCUGUCUGUUAUGCCUUUUAUUCCAUGUUAUUUCACUGUUGUAAAUGCUAAAUGUUUAUUCCAUGUA